AGGAGGUGACAUUAAACACAAGAAUGGAAGAUUUGAAGUUACAUGGAUUUUGGUAUAGUCCCUUUACGCUGAGGGUGGUAUGGGCCCUGAAGUUGAAGGGUCUAGCAUAUGAGAACAUUGAAGAAGAUCGCUACAAUAAGAGUCCUCAACUUCUAGAAUACAACCCUGUGCAUAAGAAGACUCCAGUACUUGUUCAUGGUGGAAAACCCAUUUGUGAGUCCAUGAUCAUUGUUCAAUACAUUGAUGAGUUAUGGCCACAGAAUCCAUUGGUCCCUCAUGAUCCCUAUGACAGAGCUCAAGCAAGGUUUUGGGUUGCAUAUUCUGAACAAAUGAGAAAGAAAAGGCCGUACAGAAGGCCUGGGAAAACUUCAAAGUCCUUGAAGAUCAUUGCUUAGCCGAUAAGAGAAAAUUCUUCGGUGGUGACAAAAUUAACAUUGCGGACAUAGCUAUUGGAUCACUUUUCGCAUUUUUUGUCACUAUAGAAGAUAUUAAACAAGUGAAGGUCCUAGUAGCUGAAAGGUUCCCUCUCUUACAUUUAUGGUUUGAUAAUU